AUGCAGCUUCGCUUCCCCCUUGGGCUGCCAGAGUAUGAGUGCUACGCUUGGGCAGACGAUACCGACGCGGAUAGCAACGCUACGAAUCGUGACUUUCGUCUUGCAAUCACCGCAAAUGUUGUAUUGUUUCUGCUUUCGCAAGAGGGGCAGUCAGUUGCGACGCAAGCACGGUGCCGCUACGAACAGACAGCUGCCGCGGUUGGUAUACCGUCUCUAGGUCAAGCACUCGAAUCCGUUCGCCCAGCGCCGCUGUCUUCAGCUCGGGUAAACGCUCUGGGACCUGCUGGGAACGACACGGGUUCUGGAAGCUGCAUCGUAGGUGCUGCAGCGGGUCUGUCAGUGUUCCCGUUCGAAAGUGGAGACGAAUCUCUCCGAGAAAAGUCCAUGGACGCGACUGAUCGCUGGCAGCGUUUAUCCGCCGAAACCGAUGGCGACAUGCAGCGCUGCCGUGUCUUCAUGGAUACCAUUGAUGAGAUCAGCGUGCCGGUCGAGCACACGCUGCUUGUGCGCUCGCCUACCAUGAGCACCUUUGCUGACGCCGUUAUAGAGAACCCCGAGGAGUCCCUGAACUGCCUCGGUCUGGCCAUCGUGCAGGUAGUGAAGAUCCACGCAUGGGUUCGCGCCGAUCAUCUCCAUGCUCUCGGUUCUUGCCCUCAGCAAUACCUGGACCUUAUUGGUGAGCACCUGGCUGCUGUUCGCUUACCGCGCGCCGUCGUUCGCCUUCAGGGGCUACGCGACCAAACCGAUUUUAGCGAACUGCGCGCACAUGCGGUUGGCCGCCUCGUUGGUAUUCGAGGCACCGUGAUUCGAAUGAGCAGCAUCCGUCCUCAGUUGUCCUCAAUCAGCGUUGCCUGCGCGACAUGUGGCAAAAGCCAACGUGUCACAUGCCCGAACUUUCAGUAUAAUCCACCACCGCAUUGUAUGGCGUCUGCCGAAUGCAAAUCGCGUGUUUUUCUUCCGGAUCGGUGCUCGGCUGUAACUUUAGACUGGCAACGGAUUCGUCUGCAGGAGCUGUCGUCUGUGGGCAAUGUUGCCGAUGUCGGCGGUAUACCGCGGACCGUGGAGUGCGAGCUCACGUAUGCAGACAUGUUGGACACUGUAGUGCCCGGUGAUAUCGUCGAUGUUGUUGGCAUUGUCAGGUUUCUGAGUCUUGAUGCGGAUGCGUCACGCGCGCGACGGGGCCGCGACCACGCGCUCUACCAAGUCUACCUCGAGGUAAUUUCGCUGACUCCCACCAACGACGCCAAGGAAGGCGAACAGAGGGAGCUUGCUGCUGAUGCGACAACCUUCGAGGCAGCCGCCCCAGAUCCAGCCACUGAGCAAGACGGAGGCCAGACCUCGCAGUCGCUUCGAUCCAAGGGUACCAUGGUUCGGCCAGCCGGCAUCGGUGGCUCCAGGCCGCAUGCAGAUUCGUUUACGGAUGAGGAUCUCCGGUGCAUCCGGGGAAUUUUGGAGCAUCGCGGACAUGUCUUCGAGUUCCUCGUGCAAUCGCUAUGUCCGCUCAUAUGCGGUCAUGAUAUCAUUAAGGCGGCGCUUUUGCUGGGUAUUCUGGGCGGCAGCAACCGUGGCGGAACCCGUCCGGUCCCCGCCAUAGAUAAUGUCGGGCCAGCAGGCAUCUCUAUGCUGGACAGCGACAUUCUCUCUGCAUUGCACGCGAGCGAUGCGAGCGAACACCAGCAGUCGCUGGAGCAUUCCGUAGCGCGUAGCGACAUCCAUGUACUCGUCGUUGGAGAUCCCGGUGUCGGGAAAUCGCAGAUGCUGCGAGCGGCUGCUGCACUGCUCCCGCGCUCCGUUUAUGUCUGUGGCAACACCACGACCAACUCGGGCUUGACAGUUACCGUAAGUCGCGAGUCCGGCAGCGGCGAGUACGUGCUUGAGGCGGGUGCGCUCGUCCUCGCCGACCGGGGCAUUUGCUGCAUCGAUGAAUUCGAUAAGAUGUCUGCGGACUAUCAGGUACUCUUGGAGGCCAUGGAACAGCAGAGCAUCAGUGUCGCCAAGGCGGGCAUUGUCGGCACACUCGCUGCCCGGGCUUCCAUUUUGGCGGCUGCAAAUCCUAUCGGAGGGCACUACGACAAGCGUCGCACCGUCUGCGAGAACUUGAAAAUGUGUCCCGCGCUCCUCUCACGAUUUGACCUCGUCUUUGUGAUUCAGGAUCAGCCUGACCGCUGCCGCGACCAGCGCAUCUCGGAGCAUGUCAUGGCCACGUUUGGCGGGCGGCGCCAGCGCGCGGCACCCAUGCGCUGGUCGCUCUCGACAGAGUCGAGCGACGGCUCGAGUCCGCCCGCUACCAACAACAAGGCGGGAGAAUGCAGCGUGGGCGUUAGCCUCUGGCAGCGCCUCCAGCAGUCGAGGAAAUGGGCACAAAAGCCCGCAUCUACGCGGGAUCUCCGAACAUACGUGGCCUUUGCGCGCCGCUUUAUUCACCCUGUGCUGAGUGUAGAGGCGAAACAAAUCCUGCGCGAUUUUUAUCUACUCAUGCGCCGGAAUGCGCAUGCGCUUGCUGGUGUUCACGGUCAUGAGGCGCUGCCACCGGUCACCACUCGUCAGCUUGAGUCGCUGAAACGACUUGCACAAGCAAGAGCGCGCGCUGAACUUCGCUCCGUUGUUAGCGCUCAGGAUGCUCGCGAUGUCAUUGAAAUCAUGCAGUGCUCCAUGCUGGACGUGUACUCGGAUGAACGCGGGGUGCUUGACUUUUCGCGCGUAGGCGGCACCAGUCGUGCGAACGAUGUUCGGCGGUUCCUUUUGGUGCUGCACCAGGAGGCGAACCGUCGCCAGAAUGCUCUUUUUCACCUCGAUGAACUGCGGCAAAUCGCUCAGCAACAUCAUAUUGAACAUGGAACCGAUUUCUCGCAGUUUAUCGAUAUGCUGAAUCUGCAAGGAUUCUUACUCCAACGUUCCUAUCGAACGUAUCGGCUUCAGGGCAACGAUUUCGCUGGUGUGGCGACAGAUACGGGCUCCCGUCGACGCAGCUGA